UUAUUUUUGCUACCUCACAAACCGAAUAAACAGGUAACGUUCGGUUGCUAGGCAACAGGAAAACAAGCUGAAAGAUGGCGGAGGACAAAGAAAGUGCAGAGAAUGAGAACAUUUUGGCUAUUCACAGGAAAAUAACGGCCGCCUUUGAGCCGUUUGACUACGAGUCCAAAAACACGGUGGACGUUCGGGAGAUUGGUACCAUUAUGUAUUCUCUGGACUGCUUCCCCACUCAAGCAGACAUACGUGAAUUUAUAGCCGAGGUGGAAGAAAAUUCCUCUGGAACAGUACAUCUGGAUAGGUUCAUGCCAGCUAUGACCAAAGUCCUGUUGGAGAACAAGUUUCCUCCCAUCCCCAGGAGCAAAAUAUUUCAGGCAUUUAAGGUUCUCGACAAAGAGCAGAAAGGUUUUGUUGAACCCGAAGAGCUGACGAAGUUUAUGAUGGAGGAAGGUGAACCUUUCACUCAAGAGGAGAUGGACGAGAUGCUAACAGCACACACCAAUCGAAAGGAGAACGUCAUUUAUUAUGACAAGUUGAUCAACAAACUCACUGCUGACGCGCCCAAGUAGAGUCAUCGUGUGUUAGAAAAACUUAAGAAAUAACUGUUUCUUACGUUAUUUCAUUAAAUAACAUUGUGCCUGUAAAGGGUGUAAUGGACUUGAUGAUAUGGAAACAAUCCAGGCUGGGUUCAGGAUCUGAGUUGGUCAGAGCUGCACUGUGAGGGAGGCUGUGGGCUCAAAAAUAGAUGCUGGGUGACAGACUGGGUCUUAAAAUAGCAAGACGUCUUGCAGCCUCUGCAGUACAUUUCACAGUGAGCUUGUUUUACAGUGAAAAUGUUCUUUUCCACACUGUAGUUGGAGCAUAAAGACGAUGCUGAAACAGUAAAAGCCUCAUCCACCUCAUCUUCAGUCUUCAGUGGGUUAAGCUCCAUUAUUGCUUUCUUACAGCUAAAAGUCGUUUUAAUGAAUGUCAGAUAAAGUGCUGCUGCAUCAUUAAACUAAAAUUUCAUUCCUUUAUGAGGGCGUGGCAGAGAAUUAUAACCAGAUUAUCUUUUAUUACCACAAUCUACUGGUGUGUUUGUCUCUUCAAACGGUCAUUGUCACAAGUUAGUGAGCAUCUUGGCUUUUAAGAAUCUGUAGGGCGUGCUGUGAUGGCAUAGGGAUAGCGCGACCCACAUUUGGAGGCCUUCAGUCCUCGACGGCCGCGGGUUCGAUUCCCAGACCCGGCCGACAUUUGCCGCAUGUCUUCCCCUCUCUACUUCCCCCCUCCUGUCAGCCUACUUUCAAAUAAGGGACACUAGAGCCCACAAAAGACCCCCUACUGGGGAAAGAAAAAAAAAUCUGUCAAGACUGAAAGUUGUUUAGUGAGUCCUAAGCUUUAAAUCUUCCUGAAUACAUUUAGAAAAUGUUUAUCCUUUUUUAGUCUAUAUAUUUGGUAUCAAAAACAUGUAAUUGACAUAAUAAUUAAUUUUAUAUUACAGCACAUGUAAAGCUACUUUAAAGUUUUAAAUUAAAGCGUCAGUAUGUAACUUUUAUUUUAAAUAAAUGUUUUCACAUAUUUGUUAAAACUGUCCUUAUGUUGUGACAGCUAAUCUGAAAAGAUCAACCUCCUCCUGGAGCUACUGUUACUGUCUGAAGAAAUGCACCGCUCCCGACCAAAAACAACCAAUCAGAGCCAGGAGGAAGUUAUUAGUGCAGUUAAUCAUCCUCCUGUACUCGCUGCUCAGUGUGCUAAUAGCAGAGAAACAACUUACCGUUACAGGAAAACCGUUUAUCCUCCAUCAUUGGUGGCCAUGCUAACUAGUUUAGCGUUCACAAGUUCUGCUGUGAGGAAGAAGCUGAAUAGCAG